AAAGGAAUCUGUCUUAACGCGGAGGAUGAUGAGAGGGGAAGAAAUGAGGUGAGGAAAGCAGAGGAGGGGAGCAGAAAAGAAGGAGGGACCGUGGAGGGAGAGGAGCGUGCAUAAGAAAGCAGCUCCACCCUCCACCUCUCCCCUGGACGGGACGGGACGGCCGCACAAAAACACCAAUCAGCAGGAACCGAACGGGAUCUAACUCUCCGUGUCCUCGCCGCGUGAAGCCAUGCUCCCCCGCGCGCUCUGCGUGACUCUGCUGGCCGCGGCGUGCGCGCUGUGGCCGCCCGCCGUCCGGGCGGCGUCCUGCGAGCCGGUGCGGAUCCCCCUGUGCAGGUCCAUGCCGUGGAACAUGACCAAGAUGCCGAACCACCUCCACCACAGCACGCAGGACAACGCCGUGCUGGCCAUCGAGCAGUUCGAGGGGCUGCUGGGAACCGGCUGCAGUCCAGAUCUGCUCUUCUUCCUGUGUGCCAUGUACGCCCCCAUCUGCACCAUUGAUUUCCAGCACGAGCCCAUCAAGCCGUGCAAGGCGGUGUGUGAACGAGCCAAGUACGGCUGUGAGCCGGUGAUGAAGCGCUACAACCACAGCUGGCCCGACAGCCUGGACUGCAGCGAGCUGCCGCUGUACGACCGCGGCGUCUGUAUCUCACCUGAGGCCAUCGUCAAAGCAGAAGGACCAGAUCCCUACAAUCCCGACUUGAGCAGGUGUAAUCCAGAAUCCAGUCCAGACUCUCCAAUGGACUCCAACAGCUUCCACUGCCGAGGACCAAACGCAGGCUGCAAAUGUAAGACGGUCAAAAUGAGUCUGAAGACUUACCUGAGGAACAACUACAACUAUGUUAUCCGAGCGAGGGUCAGAGAGGUGAGGAACCGCGGCCUGGAGCCCACCGCCGUGGUGGAGGUGAAGGAGGUGCUUAAAUCCUCCCUGGUUAACAUUCCCAAGGAGACGCAGACCCUCUACUACUCAUCCUCCUGCUUGUGUCCUCCUCUGGUUCCUGGGGAGGAGUACAUCAUCAUGGGUUAUGAGAACGAGGAGAGGUCCAGGUUGCUUCUGAUUGAAAGCUCCAUAGCUCAGAAGUGGAAGGAUAAAAUGGGGAGGAAAGUAAAGAGAUGGGAUGUGAUCCUGCAGGGAAAAAGCACAACAGCCUUGCGCCGGGGUCGCCCCUGAGACCUGAUAGUGUGUCUGAAGGCGUGUGUGUGAUUGUACGAGUGUGUGAAGGUGUGUGUCUGUGUGAGUGGAUGACAGUGUGUUUGUGUAGAUAUUGCACUAUCGCAGGCUAUUGUAGCUGAAUGUAGUUCAUCUCUUUACGUAUCAAACUGUUGUAAUCCCAUUUUUGCCGUCUUUUUUCUUUGCACAAACAUUUAGUGUCUUUUUGUUUGUGUAGAUGUUUGUAAAUACACUUUGAGCACCAUACUGAGGAUGUGGAUGCACAGCAAAAAAGUUGAUGGGAAAGUUUUUUGUUUUCCUGCACUGCCUGUUUUUUGUGGUUUGUGUUUGUAAUCACCCUUGAUGUCAUUAAUGCGACUGUAAAGACCUUUUUGCUUAAACAUGAUCAUAGAACUUUCCUCUACUACAAAGGUCUGGAGUGAUAUUUGUGCCACCAUAUUUCAAGCAAAGGUCACAGUUUGGAGAUCAUAAAAUAACUUCAAACAAAAUGUAAUGUGUGAAGAACAAAAAAUCAUAAUUUGCAAACGAAAAUAUUUAAUAUUUGCUUUCGAAAGCUUUUGUUUUUCUUUGCUUUAAAAAUAUUUUUGUGUUUGCAAACCUUUU